UGGAGAGGUAAUCAAUCACUAGGCUCUAGCUAUUUACCAUUAGGAAACUUAAAUUUUCUCAUUGGAAGAGGACCGCCGGUUGGUAUCCACAAUUCUACCUCUUCGGACUUCUCUUAUUAAGACAACACUGAGUAUUGUGAACACCAGUGAAGAACCAUGGAGGUUUCGGGCACUUCUGAUCUUGACCUUUCAAAGAAGUUGAUCAAUCUGAUCAAAGACCAGCCAUUCUUGUAUGACAAAACUUUAGAAGAGUUCAAGGAUGAAGAGCGGAAAUCUGAAGCAUGGAAUGUCAUAGCACAGUCCUUAAACAUGACAGCUGAAGAUGUCCAAGUAAGAUGGGCACGCUUGAGAGUUGACUUUGGGAGACACCGACGGAAAAUGAAGGAGGCAGAGGCACGGGGAAAUCACUCACGAAGCUGGCCUCUGUAUGGUCCGUUGAUGUGGCUGGCUCCCCACAUUAAGAUGAGAGCGAAACGAGGGCAGCGUAAACAAGAUGUGAGAAGUAAGGCUCAACCCAGUGGCUACAAUUCAAAUCUGUCUCAUGCCGAUUGGUUGUUGAAUUCUAACGGAAGUGUCCAAGUGGAAGUGAGUCCUAGCAUUGUCAUGCACGAAGAUCACGAGGAUAUCACUGAAUCUUUCAUUGUGAGUCCAGACACAGCUGAUUAUGAGGAUGACGCCAGUCUAGAAGAUUCUCAUGUGUAUGAGAGGCAACAUGGAAAGGACAUUGCAUAUUCCAACAGUUAUGCUACAGAUAGCCACUCUGGGCCUUCACUGAGUUUGGAGGAAGAAACUGAAGAUAUUUUAUUCUGCCGCAGCGUAUGUGCAUCUCUGAAGCGGUUUUCUCAUCAGCAGAAAGCCUUAGCCAAAAUUCGUAUCCAACAAGUCAUGUAUGAUGUAGAAUUUGCUCAGCCUGAAGGCAACAGAUUAUUGCAAGCCAAGUAGUUUAUAACCAUUUGCAUAGCAUGUGUUCAGAGGAGUCAAGUUAUUUGUCAAUUGCUGUUAGCUCCUUCACUCUUCAAAUGUUGUCACUUCAGGGACCGACUCAGCCUUGGCUCCCAGAUACUCUGAAUUCAAUGCCGAAUACUAUUUACGGGUAAAUGCGAGCCUGUUAAUUCAUUUUCUGAUAGGAACAGUCAUUUGUGUUAUGAUUUAAAUGUACAAGAGGAAGCACCAUCUAUUUUUUGCUAUCCUAUAACUGCUUUGCUUUUGUAUUUUUUGUCAUAAAUUUUGUUAUAAAUCUCCUCAGUUGUAAGUCUUUGUUUUCUGUGAUUCGAGGUAUGUUUAUGCUAGCUCAUGGCUGAAAUCAGUAGUCAUUUACAUUGUUUAUCAUUUGACUACUAUUUUGUUGGAGGGAAAGAGGAACUUUAUCAUUAUGUGGAUGAAUCAGUGACAAAUUUAAUUUUAAUUUUUAGUGUUGAGACCCUUUUCUUUUGAGAACAGACUGUUUAUUUUUAGUUCUUGUGCUCUACUUUAAGAUUUUUUUAAAAAUAUAAUUUAGUAAUUUGCAAAGAUUACUUUAGAUAAGUUUUUUCUCCUCCUGG